GCGGACCAGCGGGCGCUGUCUUUUUAAGAUAAACCUGGAUGGAAGUGUAGAUCACAGCCGCUGCGAUCUGACGGAGAACUCCUAUCGGCACCGGACUCUGUCUUUCCCAGGAUGCGCAUACGUGUGUGACAGGCUCUCUGCAAUCACCGGUUCCAGAUAAACUCCUCUUAGUGUCUCCACUCCUUCAGCAGCCAUGGCAAUCUCAGCAUCAGGACGGACCAUGUUCUCCAUUCUCCUCAUUAGCAGGUUGUUAGAGAGCUCAUUGAUCAACGCAGAAGUGAAGGAAGGAGAGAUUCUGCCUCCUACCAUUCAUAAGCUGAUGAAAGGAUACAACAAGUACCUCAGGCCUUUCUUUGACAAUGGUCCAGUAACAGUGGGCAUGAGCUUGGAUAUCGCAAGCAUUGAUACGAUCUCUGAGAUCAAUAUGGACUACACCGCCACCAUCUUCCUCCGCCAGCGCUGGACAGAUGAGCGUUUGAUAUUCGAGGGCAACAAGAGCCUCAGCCUGGACGGGCGGCUCGUGGAGCUCCUCUGGGUCCCCGACACCUUUAUCGUGGACUCCAAAAAGUCCUUCCUACAUGACAUCACCGUCGAGAACAGACUGAUCCGCAUCUUCCCCAAUGGAACCGUUCUGUAUGCUCUAAGGAUUACGACCACUGUUGCAUGCAACAUGGAUCUGACCAAGUAUCCGAUGGACAAGCAGACCUGCACGUUACAACUGGAGAGCUGGGGUUAUAAUAUUAAUGAUGUUGAGUUCUACUGGACCAGAGGAAAUGCGUCCGUCAGUGGUUUGGAUACCCUGCAGCUGGCUCAGUACACAGUGGAGGAUUACUACACAUCUGUCUCAGAAGCCAUCUAUGAAACCGGCCAGUACCCCAAGUUGGUUUUCCACUUUGAGCUGAAGAGGAGCAUUCUGUACUUCAUCCUGGAGACCUACGUCCCCUCCAGCCUGCUGGUGGUCCUCUCUUGGGUUUCCUUUUGGAUCUCUCUGUCCUCCGUUCCAGCAAGAGUUUGUAUCGGAGUGACCACAGUGCUGACCAUGACCACUCUGAUGAUGGGAGCCCGGACGUCACUGCCCAAUGCCAACUGCUUUAUCAAGGCCAUCGAUGUUUACUUGGGAAUCUGCUUCAGCUUUAUCUUUGGCGCGCUCAUUGAGUACGCCGUUGCCCACUUCUGCACCCUCUCACACAUGGAUGCACACAUGCUCAUGUACCGCCACCAAAUGCAUGACUUUGACGAUGACAUGAACGGCAUCAUCACCACCAUCUCCACGCAUGCCAGCAGAGCCAAAAAACGUAAGGAGCCUGCCGCGACUCCCUCCACAGCCCCUAACUCCACAGAGCUCACUGUCAGACCCUCCAGCCCUUCGGGCAGCGAGCCAAUGCCUGAGGCGUCGCCACCGAAGCCCGGCAACUGGUGCCUCACUGCUCUGGCCACCGUUCGUAAAGUGCUCGGCUCCAUAAACUGCUGUCAUAUAGAGAACCCACACCACAUAGACAACUACUCAAGAGUCACCUUCCCCCUGUCUUUCGUCAUGGUCAAUCUGCUCUACUGGACAUAUUAUCUGUACUUCUAGCAGUUGCUUGAGUACGGCAUGUGUCCAAUAGAGCGUCAGACAGAGAGCGUAUGUAGACAAGAAGUGUUGUUUACUCUUGUUUCAUUAAGAUGAGUGUGUAUUAUUUCCGUUUGGAUUCAUGAGCAAAGUAGAUUAAAGCUCCAUUUUUAUUAUAAGAUACUCAAAUAACUAUUGGUUUCAUUUCAUACACCUUGAUUUAUUAACAACAGCGGACCUAUCUGGCAUUGACUGGCAAGAUUUCAUCAAUUCUGAUACAAACCUUGAGAUGAAAGAUCAUCAGUGACCAAAAAAAGCAUGGCCAGUCUGCAUCUCUCCUGCAAUGGUACAUUUAUUGUGCAGGUUGUUACCAUCUGGGCAAGAGAGAAUGGAGCAGUUAUUCAAAGCUCUUUCACCAAAGCUGCUAGCAUUCUAGUGUGCGAGCAAAUGCCUGCCUCAUUUUUUACAGUUUAUUUUUCAUUUCUGCCACCAGAUACAGCAUUCAAAAUGGAAAAGGAAAAAUAAUGGGUUGGGGAAGUGAUGUAAAAAAUAUGGUUAUUAUAAAGGUGGUGGCCUUUGACCCAUUUCCUUGUAUUCUAGAAACUUUGCCAACAUGAUUAAUAUUGUGGACAUUUUCCACUUGUUUUUCCAUUUCCAUUUGAGUUCUAAGCCUGGAACCACUACCAGAUAAAUGAGCAUAAAAUGAGCAUAAAACAUUUAAAUCGGCGCAAAAAAUGUUUUGGUAAACUAAAAAACGACUGUACAUAAUUAUUUUAGGCGUCAAUAAACUAAGAAUCCCAUAAAUCAUUGCAAAUAAUUGCUGUCCAACAAUUUCCAGUGCGCUUCUUCAGGAUGUUUACUAACGAAACCACGGCUCUAUUUCAGUGACAUAAAGAGAUUUGAGUUAUCACCGGUGCCAGACAUUGAACAACUAGCUCUCAUUAGCUCGAGCACCAACAAGGAAAAAGUGAUUCUUAAACUAGACUUUGAGGGUCCACGGCAGCUAGGCAGGUGCAAUAGAUGCACAAAAGAUACACCUGGAUGGACGGGUACCAUAUUAUAGUGAAAUAUAUGUAUGUGUAUGAUCUUUCUUCCUUUUGAGGUGCAAGUCGUGUUUCUCACUGUGCUUUUGCAACACAUAAAUCAGUAGCCAGACCUAGAUGUGUUAGACAUUGUAGAGUGAUUUGAAUAUGAAUGAAAUGGCCAAAAUAUUUCAACAGUGUGUCAUCAUCUGUGCAUUAUCAAAAUGGUAAAAUGUCUGGAUACGCUACAACUGAGGUGGCAUAUCACUCGUUCCCUCAGUAUUUGGAUGUGAAUGUCUGUGAGUGAGUGCGUUCAUGAUCAAGUUACACCAUUGUUUGGCCAAUUGUGUUACGGGAGUUCCUUAAUUGGCUGCUUUUAAGCACAUAACCUAAUUUUGAAAGGGAUACAUGUUUUUUUCAAUUACUACGUAGCAUUAUUAUAACAACUGUUUAUUUACCAAUAUGACGUUGCAAGUUCAAAUUCAUUCCUUUACUUGCCAAGUGUUGUCUCCAACAGUGAAAAGCAAUACCAAUUUUACUUCUUGUUUUUUUUUUCAGUUUCUCUGCCUUGUAAUAGUUGUUUCUACUGAAGUUAGCAUGCUAAUUAGCUAGCCCCAUCUGGCCCGUCUUGUCUCUUUCUGAUAGUGAGUCAAAGUGCAGGCCAGAGGGUGCAGGCCUACAAUAUAUUGUCCUGUAAACACAACAUUAGGGUGAAGCUCUUGGCAAGUGUCCAUCACAAACUACCUACCACAUUCAGUGGAGGACAAAGCUUAUAUAAAUACAUUUUUUGACAUUCAGGUGAUUGAGUAGGUUUGUUGCCAGUGACGUGAGCCUAAGAACCAAAGAUUCCAGUUUAAUUUCAGCAAUCCUCAUGGUUUCACUUCAGUUCUUUAACAAUGACAUUUUGAUUGCAUUACCAAAUGGUAAUAUCAUAAUUGAAAAUUCUGUAAUAGCAUGCAGUCAACGAGCACAUGAAGAUGACAAUACAUUUUCAGAUGGAAAAACAGGGUUGAGUUGAACAACAGAGAUGCAUGUUUAAUUAUUGCUGUAUUCAAUAGUUCUGUUACAUAGUCUCCCUCAUUUAAAUGGAUCCUGAACUGAACUGACCACUCUGUUUAGGCCUAAAGCAAAUGUUCCACUUUCAACAAUUUUGAUAAUGAUGCAAGCUGGUAUCUAUUUAUGCUCCACUGCCUUUUAAAAUGUUUCAAUUCAUAAUUUAGCUGCAUUGAUUUUAAUAUUUUAAUCUGUUUUUAAAUAUGCCAUCAUUUACCAAACUUUUUUGGACUUUUCUCUUUGCCUGCAGAUAUAUCAGGAUUUCCUUUUGUUUCUGUUCUUCCUGCAUGAUUAUUGAGUGUAACUUUAGUUUCUUCAGCUUUGAUUUUCAUUUGGUUCAACAUGAUAGCGGAAAAUCAUAAAAUGCUUAGCUGAGGCUAUAGAAAAGGAUAAAAAAACUUUGAUUGAUAGUGAUGCUACUUUGGGGUCUCAUCUGGGUCCAAGAGUGCAGGACGUUGGAACGUCUGUUCUCAUUUUCAGUUAUUUGAACUUUAUUCUUUGAAAGGAUGAGUGUUCAUGACAGUUAUUCAUUUGCCACUGACUGAGCUGUGUCUGCUCUGUGGAUGUCGGUGAGCACUGACCAGCUGUAAAGGCAAAUGUGAUAAAACACAAACUGUCAGGUUUUAUAUAAUAUUGUACCACCAUUGUAGUUUUGAUAGUUAAUCUUCUCAGUAAAUUGUACAAGACACGAAUGCCGUUAUGGAGCCAAAGAACCACAAGAGAGAAACCACCACAGCUUCCUCUCAGUCUGAAUGCAAAUAGAACGUUUUUGUGAUGGAGAUGAUCCAUUCAAAAGGCCCAAAAUGCCAAUUCCCCCUACGGCUCCAGAGUCACAACUGCAUUAUAAGGGCUGCUUUGGUCUGAGUGGGCAGCAUUUUGGAUGACCAUUGAUAACCCAAGGUAGGUGCGAACAUUACAGAAAUAAAGCUAUACAUUGGAAACAUUAUGGGCAACAUUGCCUGGACAUAUAUCAAGCAACUUUACAGCAACUUUGGGCAAACAGAUAAUAGCAGAAAAUGAUGGACUGUCCUUUUCUUUUCCUGUUGUGAGACGUGUGAAGUAAUGCCUCAAGGUGAUAAUGGCUACCGACCUCACAGUUCCUUGGACUUCAUCUUUAUGUGAAAUGUAUUUAUAUACUGUAAUACCAUGUUAAAAUAGGCAUCGGUUUGCUUAAACUGUUGUAAAUAAAUAGUAACACUAUGCAUGUUUAUCCGGUGUAUGAAUAUGAAUGGUAGCAAUAAAAGAAGUUUAACGUGUGUGUUGUCCACACUUUAUACAUUGAAUUUACUGGUGAUCAUAAUUCAGCAAAGCAGAAGGAAAAUUUGGCAAAUGUACAAAUGUUGAAUUGCAGGUGCAGCAGACAGACUAGCUAGCGUGCAGACAUACACGUGUGUGCAUGUAUGUGCGUUUGGCAGAUGUUAGGGCAGCAGUGUCAUGUUGGGAGGAUGGAGAAUGUGAGUCUUAAUUCCCUGCAGCAAAAUUAACUCUGAGUCAGUAGAAUGUUGUGUCAGGAAUUUAUCUGAGGUCUUCUUAUAGCACGCACGUGCGCAUACACACACACUCAAGUAUGUAUACCAGAAUGUUUAUGGUUAAAAUGUAAUAUUCUGUAAUUUCUGUCAAAGAUGCAUAACCUUGAUCUCAAGUGAAAAAAAAAAAAUAACCCCAAAUUAUUACAUUUUAAAUAAAUCUAUUUAUUGGGUUGGUUGGAAAAAAAUGUAACCAUUGCAACUGAUUCCAGCUCUGAAGAAGGCCUAUCUAUUUGUAUUUUGUGUUUUUAGUCAGUCUGACUGAUAUUAAGUGUUGAUACUGAAUAAAGUUUACAUAUCCUGUUGAUAUACAGACUGUGUACAUUGUAUUAAUCAAACGAUAUUUUAAUGAGCACCAAUUGUGUAUAAUUUACUAACUCAGCUUGGAUAAUAUAAUAUAACGAUAUGAUAAAUAAGAUCCUAACAAGAACGAAUGUGACAUACACGUGUAAUUCUCUUAUUGUAAAGACUCUUAUUGUAAAGAUUCUCUUAUUGCCCUCCUUCUUUGACCUUCCUAAAAAAACUAUGCCACAAACACUUAAUGUACAGGCUUUAAUGGUUUGAUUAUAGUGUCUCACUAUGUAUGGUGCUGUGCUGACAUUUCAGUUUUAGUUCACAUGUUUUGUAUUGAUAAGGUUUGGAUCCCUAAAUCUACGGCUUCUUAACCACUUCCCUUACCACAGCACCACAAUAAUUGAAACGUAUUUACUCAGACCCCAGGCUGAGCUACUUGGCAGUGACCUUUUCGUACUCACAACAUACUAAAAAUGCACAAAAUGUAAAUGUAAAGGCAAUUUUCGAAAAUAAUGUGAGCCAUGCAUCCCUGUGAAAGCUUCACUACUUUAGACCAAUGUCACACAAAAUACAAUCAAUAUCACUUUGUCUCUAUCUGAUUGUGCUAUGAUCUUUACACUUGGAAAAUGUCUGCACUAAUGUGUUGUGCUACAGAAGUAUUGGGGCAUAUCACAGCUUUCAACAUGUUCUGGUUUCUGCUGAGGGAAAAACAUAGACCGCAUCAUCCUUCAAUUUCAAACAACACAAUAUUAGUUCUUAUAAAUGAAGACCCUAACCCUAAAUAAAUAAUGGUUUGCUAUUUUUUGGAAGAUUACAUAAUACAUAUUUUAUUUGCUUUGUGUGCAUGUACUGUUUGAUUUGUAAAUAAAAGAUAAUAUUAUUAAAUCCGAGGGCAAAUUGGUCAACUACCUUCAUGGACUACUCUAAUGUUGCUGAAAACCAGUAGGCCUAUGUACAGUAGAAUAUGAGAAAACAGUGAUGUAAAACCUACAUUCACAGUCUGUAACAGUACGUGUUGUAACGUG